AUGCCUGAGAAGCACGUCGUAUUCGACGUCGUCGGAACUUGCGUCUCUUUCGAUGCAUUCUACAACACCAUCGACAAGGUGAUCGGAGAACGACUCCUUGCCAAAAACAUUACGGCCCGCACGUUCGGUUUCACCUGGAUGACAGCAGCGGAGCUUGAAUUCACAUUCCUCUCGAUCUCCGAACGCUACCGACCUUACAAAGACGUUAUAUCCGCUUUAUUCUAUCGAACACUGUUCAUGUGUGGGAUUGAGACACCUCGGACAUUCGCCACGGAUGCAGAGCGCGACCAAUGCGUACAGGGCUACUCAGAGCUAGAGCUGCGACCUGGAACUGCUGAUUGUUUUGCAAUUUUACGAAAUGCCGGGUUCACUGUUUGGUGUUUGACCACUGGCGAUGCGAAGCGGGUUCGUGGAUACUUUGAGCGCGCUGGUGUCGACAUGCCUCUGCAGAACUUCAUUACCUGUGAUACGGCUGGUGUAGCGAAGCCGGCGCUAAAGGCUUAUCAACCUGCGUUAGACCGCUUCUCAAAGGAUGACGUCAAGUGGUUUGCAGCUGCCCAUAUGUGGGAUGUUUCAGCUGCUGUGAAGGUAGGGUUCCGAGGUGCCUAUUGUACAAUUUAUGAGAAGGAGUCUUGUGCGGAAAUAUUUGAUACGGAGAUGGAGGUUUUGGCAGAUGAUUUGCCUCAGAUGGCGGAGAGAAUUGUGGCUGCUUCACUCUGA